AAAGAUACAGUUUGCUUCAAACCAUCAUGAUGGGCAAGAUUGCAGGCAAAAGAGUAGGAAGAAGAAAGAAGUCCUGGCUGCGAAUUAUAAGGGAGUGGACUGGCAUAAAGACAGUCGAAGAACUUUUCCGCCUAGCCAUGGACAAGGAAAAGUUUAGAAAGCUGACCGCCGACCUUCAGUAAUGGAGAGGCACUGUAAGAAGAAGUAAAACAUCUAGGUAUACCCUGUAGGUAUUACUUUGCGAAUGCUAAAAUGGAAACAAAGAAUAAACGGAAAAAAUAUAUCUUUUGAAUCUUGACUCGAAAGUCAGGUUUUUCAGUCAGAUUAAUUAAUAUUAGGUACUUUAAACAUAACAAAUCCACACCUUUAUAAAUAAAUUAUCUUGAAAAACAAAGGAUAACGAAUUGAUUAUUAAGAGUUGCGAUAUUUAUUAUAGGUAAUUCUAAAAGUCAAUUAAAAUAUAUAAUAUUUAAUUACUAGAAGUGGCGUGCACUUGUUAAUCAGAGGAGGUACUAGAUAUAUAUUAUCUUAUAUAGUAUAAAAAGUCCUUCUCUGAGUCUGUCUGUUCGCAAUAUUCUAAAUCAAAAUUACUGAACUGUUGUUGAGACGAAUGAUUUUUAUGCGGUUUUCGACAAUAGAUAUGGAAAAAUUUUAGCAUACAAUUUUUUACGACGAUAUUUGUUUCUUUAAAGAUAGAAAGGUCAGAGGUUUCAACGCACUUCAAGUCGCUGAUGUCUGCUAGUAAACUAUAAUAUGUACAUAAACAUAUAUACGGGGAAGAAGGCCUGGUCGUAGACGUACAUCUUGGCUCAACAACUAACGCCAAUGGUUUAAUAUGAGUACCAGAUCACUCUUUCCGGCAGCAGUGAACAAAGGGAAAUUAGCCUUAAUGAUUGCUGACCUCCGAUAGGAGAUGGCACUAUCAGUAGAAGAAGAAGAGACAUAUAUGUAAUAUCCUGAAUCAAUAACUCAAGUGAAAAAUGUCUCGAAAAAUGUCGGCAGUCGAAUUGCGUACGGAAAACGCAUUAUUAUUCGUUUUCACCGACCGAAGGUUCAACGAAAACGAGGAAGCCUGAUGCAAGCACGAGCCGUUCGAUAUUACAGACGGCACAGUCGCGCUACAAACAGUUAAAACAUCCGCUCAACAGGAAUCGAAGGUCUCAAACAAAACUAUAUAUUGGCCGAACAACUAAUUAUAAUUCAGUACGUUUUUGACACCCACUGGCCAGAGGGUACAGCAGUAGAAAAUGAAGUGCCUUGCCGCGAUAACAUGCCUCCUUGCGCUGUCGGCGUCUUCGAAAGCUGACGGGCUAUAUGGCGCAGAAGUUUACGCACCCGGUCACGCAUCUGCAGAUUACUAUACAUAUCCCAGAUAUGCUUUUGAAUACGCCGUUCGGGAUCCCCACACCGGUGACAAUAAAGCUCAAUGGGAGAAACGUGAUGGAGAUGUCGUAAGAGGUGCAUAUUCCCUGGUGGAACCAGAUGGCAGUUUGCGUGUUGUGGAGUACAGAGCCGAUGAUAAGAGCGGCUUCAACGCCGUGGUGAAACGCAUCGGCCCCAACCUGCACCCGGUAGCCGCACCAAUAUACAAAGCGCCGCUACCGGUUAUAGGCUACAAAUCCGAACUGCCCAUAUCAGUUGGACCCGUCGCUGGACUGGAGAAACUAGCGAAUGCCCCGCUUCUAAACGGACCAUACCUCGGUGGUCUAGCAUCGUCCCACUCGAACUUAUACAAAGCACCAGUAGUUGUAAAAGAGAUUCUACCUGCGCCGAUCUUUAAGGAACCUAUAGUCCCUCUACCUAUAAUAAAGGAGCCAAUAAUCCCGUACCCAAUCAUAAAGGAACCCUACCUCCCGAUCUAUAAACCAAUAAUCAAGGAACCGUAUCUAUCAGCUCCUAUUCUGAAGGAACAGUAUCUGCCAGCUCCUAUUCUGAAAGAACAGUAUCUGCCAGCUCCUAUUCUGAAAGAACAGAUUCUACCAGCUCCAAUCGUUAAGGGACCAAUAUAUCCUGAACCUUAUCUAGGACCAAUUGUUAAGCAACCCUGGUUGUCUACUCCGGUAUACCCGUCUUAUCCCGCAAUAAAGGCUCCCAUCCUACCAUCAGUUCCCCUGUAUAAAGGAGGUUAUGACUUCGGUCUCAUAGGUAAAGGGCUAUUAGGUGACAAAGGACUCGGUCUUUACGACUACAAAGGACUCGGUCUUUACGACUACAAAGGACUCGGUCUUAACGACUACAAAGGACUCGGUCUUAACGACUACAAAGGACUCGGUCUUAACGACUACAAAGGAUACGGUGGAUAUGGUCACUAGAUAUAAAUAACCAUCGCCCAAAUAAUAGACUUGAAUAAUAUGCCGCUAUCUUCAAUACCAUUUUAUCGAGGCUUCAAAGUUCUAACUAGAAAAUUUAUAGGUGCUAUUUUGAGGGGGCAAUUAUAGCGAAUAAUUAAUUUAAUGUUUUAUUUAUUUAUCGCGUAGCCGUAGUUAGUAAAACCUUGUUAAAGGCACUAAUAAAUCAGUUACCACUGUGUGGUCAUUGAA